GGUUUACUGCCGGUAAGAGUGAGCACGAAUCAGUUGUGGCGGGAAAGAGAGGCGCUAAUAAACCGAUGCACUUUAGCAGUACCACAGACUCGCAGUAUGCUUUAGUGUACGAUCAACAACAGAUCAGUGAUAAUGGCGUGUGAUUGGGCUCUGCUGGUAGUGCUAAUUGUUGCAGUUUUACCGUAUUGUACUUGCAAAUUGUACCCGAUCAGACCUCGAUUACCUGAAGAUGAGAUGGAUAUGAUGUUAGCGAAUGAUAGAAUAUCUCUAAACGAUUGUCACACAAGAAACUGGAAAGACGGGUUCGAGGGGUUAGUGGCACCGGCAUACGGAAAUCCUGCACUGUUACGCGAGUUCGCUCAUAUCGCCGCGAUCGGCUGGACGGGAGCUGACGGUAAAGUGAACUGGGGCUGCGGUGGAUCACUGAUAUGGGAGAACUUCAUUCUUACUGCAGCACACUGUGCGGCAAACGAUGAAGAUGUACCACCAGAUGUAGCACGAAUGGGAGACCUCAACAUCUACAGCGAUGAUGACGAUGAGUUUCCACAGCAGUUGCGCAUUGUGAAAGUCAUACGCCACCAACAGCAUCGGUUUAGUGCGAAGUAUUACGAUGUGGCACUAAUGCAGCUGGAAAAAAAUAUCACGGUACACGAAACGGUGGCCCCUGCCUGUCUCUGGUUAGAUGAUGAAGUGCGCUUUCCGAAGCUAUAUGCCGCUGGUUGGGGUAGAACAGGUUUUGGUGAGGAUAAAACAAACAUUUUGCUCAAGGUCGAUCUUACACCGAUGAACAAUACGCAGUGCUCAAAGUUCUACACCUCCUCCGAGCGUGGCUUAAGAAACGGGCUGCACGCACAUCACCUUUGUGCGGGCGAUGAGAAAAUGGAUACAUGCCCGGGUGACUCCGGUGGACCGCUGCACGUGAAACUAUUGCACAACGCCAAAAUGACGCCCUUCCUGGUGGGUGUUACAUCGUUUGGUAAACCGUGUGGACAAGCAAAUCCGGGCGUAUAUGCUCGGGUAUCCAGCUUUGUCGAGUGGAUCAUUGAGACGCUCCAGAAGGAAGGAGAGCUAGCAACGGUGCACAAAUUUCAACCAUGGACCUGCGCCUUACGCUAUGUACAUGUGCGCGAGUAUGAGGACGAUGUGGUGGUCUCGAGAAGCAAUAACUUUGAAACCUACGAUUCAGACAAAGCUCAUUUAGUAGGAGGCGAUAGCCUACAGCGGGUCGACAUUUUUUGGGAAAAUUCGAUUGUUCCCUCUCGGCGCAACUGCUCCGGUGUCCUCAUAGAGCGAGAUGCCAUUGCAACAUUAGCAGAUUGUGCAUCACAUAUGGGUUCAACACCGUCCAGAGUGCGGCUAAGCAAUGGCAAUUUCAUCAACGUAUCGGAAACCAUCGUUCAUCCAAAGUACAACCCUGCGACAGGACCUUACUACAACAAUAUUGCUAUUUUGAAGCUACCGUUUCCAGUAUCAAUUAUUCCCGCAUGUGUAUGGUACAAUGACAUCAUUCCCGAUCCGCAGUUUGAGGUCAUCGGUAAAGGUCGUGCUGAUUUGGUAGGCUAUAAUCGAGACGAACGAGUUACGACCCUAAAUCCUACCAUCAUUGGAAUUUCACCACGGGCAACACUGCACUCCAACAACGAAUGCCUGCUGGCCGAACAGUACCGAACGUUACUCAAAAACGGGCUACAACAUGAACACAUUUGCUUCCAAAAUAAGCCAUUUUUAGUACCAGCCACAUGUGACCAGCACCUUGGUGGUCCUAUCGAGAGAGAAAUGUGGCGCUAUUCGAAGUACUUCAAUUACGCUUACGGAAUGAAUCUUUUCGGUCGUGAUUGUGGCUUCGGAGAGCCAGCAGUAGCUGUACGGUUUAAUGCACACAGGCCGUGGAUUGAGUCUGUAUUGCUACCGGAAAUUGCUAACAACAGAAAAUCCUCCACUGCAGGAUCGAAGGACGAGGUGAUCUUCAUCGAUCCCGACCUUCGUUUGAACGAUCGUUGUAGCUACAGUGGAGGCGUGCAGGGUGUUUGUGUAGCCCAUGAUAGAUGUCCCAGUAUACGGCAGCGAAUGUCAAACGGCGAUUCUAUAAUUAUAUGCUCCGGUGGGUCCGUGGUAUGUUGCCCUCGUACAGAUGUAACAAGUAAUCCGAGUGAGAUUGAGAGAGAAUUUAACGAGUGCGGUCAGAGGUACGCACAGCUACGCAAGCAGCGCCAGCAACAAUGGGAGGGUUUUCAACCAUUGAGAUUAAGGUUGCCUCAUUUUGCUGAGGUAGGAUGGGAAGAGGGAUCGGAAAUACGGUUCCAGUGCAUUGCAUAUCUCAUCAGUACUCGUGCUGUCGUAACGUCUGCGUCCUGUUUGGUUUCGAAAGAAUUCGAACCGACCGUUGUGCGCCUGGGAAAUAUCCGAUCUGGACCGCAGACCACGAAUAUAGCGAUCAUACCUAUCAGCACAGUGGAAAUUCAUCCGGAGUUCAAUCAAAGUACGUUUGAGAAUAAUAUUGCCCUAUUAAAGCUUACUUUGCCAGUGCAGCCUACAGUGUACAUGUUCCCGGGAUGUUUAUGGCAAAAUAAAACUCAUUCUCCGGUCGAGUCGGCAAUAUUUCGAGGUGGAAAUGGUUUCGACCCCAUACAUCCAAUGUACGUGAGGGAUUGUAAUGUACGCUUUGCCAGAACAUUCUCGGAUCCGCGGAUUACGUGUAUGGUUCCGGGCGUUUACGGAACAGGGGAACACUGUUACCCAACGGGAAGUCCAAUUAUUUUCAGACAAAAUGAGGACACCAAUCUCUUUACUGAGUAUCUGGUGAACAUCUAUAGCCAUGGACGUUGCAAUUCAACCUCUCUGCGCAUUGUACACCGCAUUGCGAUGUACAUUGAUUGGUUUAAGGAAGUUCUGAAGUAAGGGUCAAAUCAUGCAUAAUUUAAUAAACUGCACUCAUAGAUGAAAUCUAAUAAGUGCAGAUUAUUAUGAAAUCUAAUUUGUAGAUUAAUUAUGAAAACUGAAUAAGAGAUUUAAUACAAAGCUUUUUACUUAAAACAAUGUUCCGAGCACCGAGACAGUUUCUUUCAUUAUAAAUAAUCAAAUCUACAAAAGGUGAUUCAUGAUUUCAUUAUUUUCAAUUGCAUAGGAUGAUUCCAACAACCUUUCAACAUUAUUAAUCAGCGUAAGUAGAAAGAUGUAAAAAGAGGAAUAAAAGACAGGAAAUAUUGCAUAAAACUGUA